CAAAAAAUGUCAGGACAUCCUAAUAUGAACACGUUUAGGAAAAAACUCCACUUGCUAAGAAUAAAUCACCAUCUUAUGCGUAUUUAGUUAUCUGUAACACGUAGUUCAACAAACCAUCCCUCUAUCCCCCCCUUGAAUGAGUUACCCACAGUUACAUGGAAUAUGAUGUAACACGUGCCGGCUUUUUGACCCUACAGUCAUAAAUAUUAGUCUGCCGGUAAUUUGGAGAACAUUCGACAUUUACAUCUGAAUGGGUCAGUAGGCGGUAAGUGAUGUAUCCAACUCGCCGCUGCUCAGCCCUUAUGGGCCAAACGUGUAUAUCCUCGCUGGAGGGUGGCAUCACCAGAAGAGUGUUUGGUUCCACCGCGGCUGGUCUACCCCCGGCGGAAACAAGGUGCCAUUAUCACCGAGGCAAAGGUGGCGAGCUGAAGAAGACUGGUCGACAGCCCAAGUCACUUGUUGAGUCCACAACGGAAAGAGCGGCCGUUUUUCCAAUGGGCAGCAACGCCAGCAGGUUAAGUACAUUGGCUCAGACGCUGAACAGCACCCCCAUGGAUCAAACAGAACAGAAUCCAAACCCAGAAGACUUUGUUGAGCUUGACCCCGACCAGCUGCUAAGGGAGUGUGAGGAAGCCCUCCUGAGACGUCCAGCCAGGCCCCACAGAGAUCUGGUGUAUCCCAAGGGAGCCGCACACUUCCGCCACCAGCUCGGCCCCUCCAUACGAGUGAUGCAGUGGAAUAUACUCGCACAAGCACUAGGUGAAGGGAAGGAUGGAUUUAUUCGGUGUCCUCUGGAGGCCCUCAACUGGAAGGAAAGGAAGUAUCUCAUCCUGGAGGAGAUCCUCACCUAUCGCCCUGACAUUGUUUGCCUGCAGGAAGUUGACCAUUACUAUGACACUUUCCAGCCAAUCAUGGCCAGCCUAGGUUACCAUGGGAGUUUCUUGGCCAAGCCUUGGUCUCCUUGUCUAGAUGUAAAACAAAACAAUGGACCCGAUGGUUGUGCAUUGUUCUACCGCCUCUCGCGUUUCUCCCUGCAGACUUCAGUUCAUUUGCGGCUGUCGGCAAUGAUGUUACCCACCAACCAGGUAGCCAUUGUGCAAAUACUGAACUGCCGGCUAACAAGUCGGCGACUCUGUGUGGCUGUUACGCAUCUAAAAGCUCGAAGUGGCUGGGAAAGGCUAAGGAGCGCACAGGGUGCUGACCUGCUACACAGCUUACGAAACAUAACUUCCAGGAGUGGAGGAACCCAGGAUCUGCAGUCAUCAGAGGCAGAUCCGCUAGUUGUAUGUGGAGAUUUCAACGCAGAGCCCUCAGAGGAUGUUUACCGCCACUUCAGAUCAUCCCCGCUUGGCUUGGACUCUGCUUAUAAGCUGCUGAGUUCUGACGGACAGACAGAGCCACCUUAUACUACGUGGAAGAUCCGCCCCACCGGAGAAAGUUGCAGCACACUUGAUUAUAUCUGGUAUACUCGUAAUGCUUUGAGUGUGGACUGCCUGUUGGAUAUUCCCACUGAAGAUCAGAUUGGUCCAGACCGCUUACCCUCGUUUCACUACCCCUCAGACCAUUUAUCACUGCUUUGUGACAUCCGCUUCAGAGAGGGUUAAUGUGCACCGACAUCCGCAGAACAGCCACAUUUAGUAAGAUGAGUGAUAGUGAAGUUAUUUAUUAUAGGAUAAUAUAUGCUCCAACCAAAAUAGGCAUUGGAACACAGUCCAACUGUUAUUAUUCAGUGAGGUUUUUGACAUAAUUUGUAGACUGAUUUCUUGAAAUUUGAACAUGUUCAGGUUUAUUUUCAAUGAACAGCUACUGAAGUCAAGUCGAUUCUAUUAUUUAUUAUUAUGAUUGAGAUUUUAAAGUUGUUUCCUAAAUACCUACCAGACCAAUUGUAUUUAUUGUUCUUAGCAAUAUUUUGAUAUUAAUCUAAUAUAUUAAUUGAAACAGAAGGCUUUGAUUUUACAUCAUACUACACAUUAUUGCAGAAAUAAAAUACUGUGGUAUUUUUUA